CGCCAGAAAAAAUGAAUCAACUUUGAACCAAGCUUUGAUCUUCCAACGGCUUGUCGUCCCAUCGGUAACACAUCCCUAUGUUGUGGAAGGAUACCAAAGUACUGUAGUAGUAUUCUGCAACCAACCAGACAGCUGUCCAGGACCACACAAGAAAAGAUGGCCGAAGAAGCAACAAAACCAACCGUGGUGAUGGUAACCGGUGGUUCCGGACUGGUCGGCCAGGGAAUCAAGGACUAUGUGACGGAAAACGACAACAAAAACACCAAGGCCGGAGAGACCUGGAUCUUUUUGUCCAGCAAGGACGGUGACUUGACGGACCGAAAAGCGACGGAGGCCAUCUUCGAAAAGCACAAACCUACCCACGUUAUUCAUUUGGCUGCCAAGGUCGGGGGUCUUUUUGCCAACAUGGCCGAGAAAGUGGAGUUCUACCGCGAAAACAUGAUAAUGAACGACAACAUCAUGGAAUGCAGCCGGAUCUACAAGGUCCAGAAGCUCGUUGGCAUGCUGAGCACCUGCAUCUUCCCGGACAAGACCACCUACCCCAUCGACGAAACCAUGAUCCACAACGGACCACCCCACCACUCCAACGAGGGAUACGCCUACGCCAAGCGCAUGAUCGACACCAUGAACCGCGCCUACGCCAGCGAAUACGGGUGCAACUUCACCUCCAUCAUCCCCACGAACAUCUACGGCAAGCACGACAACUUCUCGAUCGAAAAGGGCCACGUCAUUCCCGGCCUGAUCCACAAGUGCUACAAGGCCAAGGCGGACGACACGCCCUUUUGCAUAUGGGGCAGCGGGACCCCGCUGCGGCAGUUCAUUUACAGCCGCGAUCUCGCCGAGCUCACGGUGUGGGUCACGCGGGAGUACAACGAGCCCGAUCCCAUCAUUCUGAGCGUCGACGAGUCCGCCGAGGUCACCAUCAAAGACGUCGCCCUGGCCGUGGCCAAGGCCAUGAAGUUCGAGGGGAAGGUCGAAUUCGACACCAGCAAGGCCGACGGCCAGCACAAGAAGACGGCUUGCAACAAGAAGCUUCGAAAGUACCGCCCCGACUACGAGUUCACCUCCAUGCCCGAUGGAAUCCAGCAGUCCGUGGAUUGGUUUGUCGAGAACUACGACACGGCCCGCAAAUAAGGAACGCACGAAGCGGCAUCUGUUUCCCGUGUCCUAUCGAAGGAUUCACAGCUGAUUAAAUUUUUUGCAUCACUCGAAUGCUGAAAUCAUAUUCAGAUGAAAGCCACGUAGGGUUAACCUUCUCGGAAAACCAACUUCUUAAAGAUAGUGGAUCAUAAGGAGCAACCCUAAUAAUAUUAUUUCUACCCAUUGCCGCAUUACCCGUGUAUUUUGCGCUCAAAAUGACUUUUGCUCUAAGGCUAUGUUGUGCCUUGCGUGCAGUUGUGGAAAGGUACAGAUGUCUUCUGAGUGGCCAUUGGAAGAAAAUGUGACACGAGACUUUCGGUGUAGCACGAGUGCGAUGCCCCGAAGAAAGCCAGUACAUUCGAAAAAUGUCCCCAUGCUUCAUGGUCGAUAAAAAUUGUCCGCUCUCUUUAAAGCGAUGGAAAAACAAGAAAAGAAACGGAAGCUACCGUUCGAUAUGAGAGACAAAUAGUAGUGCAGUCCGAUAGAUGCUAUACCGGUGCGAUAGCAUUGCACAAGCGACAAUUCAUCGCGCACAUAGUUACUUGUUUGUUACCAGUACGUACUACGAAGAAACGAUGAGGCGAAUUAGAAGACCGAUUCUGCGGUCAUUCCUUUCUUCCCCUCCACGGUCAUCUGUUGGCAGCAUUUUUCGAGUGAUGGCACUAGUCUAGUGGAUGGUGGGAACCAUGGACAAUUUUCCAGGGUUGGAAAUCCCGGUGAGCAGUAGGGUGAGUAAAACUCAUGUUUCAGGUACACUAUUCGUGAAAAGAUCCUUCUUGAACUUUUCCCUGCUGUUUGUACCACAAGUGAAGCUUAAUGCCGUUCACCAAAGUAUGGUUUCCGUUUUCGCACGAGGAACUACAUUUCGAAUUAAUCAGAUAAUCUUCCUCCGAAUUUGUUGCGAGAAAAGACUCCAAAAGACUCCUGGUUCUCAUCGCUCUUGCAGAAGUACAAAUAUUGAAUCAGCAUUGCAACAUAAAAACAGAGGAGGAAUUAAUCUGAUCAUUUCAAGGAAUGGUUUUGUCAUACGCGGCAGAGUAAAGUAGAAUAUCAUGU